AUGGCUCCAAACUGGUCUCUAUUGCAUGAAGUUCUGACAAUAUUCAAUGGUGGUAUGGUAAAAUUGAUCGAUCGAAUUCCAUGGCAAACCCUUCCUCAUUUUCCUCCUCCCCGUCUCAAUUCACCUACUCCUCCUCCGAUCCCUCUUACUUCCCCACCCCCUUUCACCUUCAACAACCGCCUUACGCCCCUCCCCUUCGUCCCCAUCCUCCCACCGUCACACCACUACCAAUUCCAGUACAAUGCUCAGCAACUCUUCCAGCACGAUGCCCAAACCAUUACCCCGGAGGCUCUCGAGAUUGUGAAGGACGCCAUAGCCAGCAGCGACGUCGACCACAAGACCGACACAAAGCGGAAGGCAGUUGCCCGCCGUGCCGUCGGGUAA